AUGGCACGCAGUCUUCUUGACAAGAUCGAUGGCUUAUUUGCUGAGUGGAGCAAAGAUGUGAUCCCAACUGGCCCCCUGCGGGAGCUACUUGGAGACAAGGAGAAUUGUCGUGCCUUUUUCCAUGGAUUGAGGCGCCAGGUCAGGUCUAUCCGCAAACGAUCUCAGAGAUCCGACGAUGGCGAAAUCACGGUCUACGAUGCUGCUCUUGUUCGACUUUAUGAACACGGACACACCAUGCAAGAUUAUGGACUGCUCGAUUUCUAUAUGGCCGAGUUCCUCGGAACCAAGAACUGCAAAUCGGAUGGCGAGGUCAAGGCUACCAUCGCAGCUCAAAUCGCGGCUCAGCGUAUUUUGGAUGGCGGCCCAAUUGCUCGCAUCCCAGUUUCAGGCUCCGAUGCCGACGAUGAAAAAGAGAUGGACGUUGAGUACAAUGAGAUGGAAGAAACCAGCGACCCGCCUGAUGGCUCGGAGGCCCCCAUGCCUCCCCACCUUCAGAGGCUCAUCGAGACUUACAAGAAGGCCAAGAACGAGUAUGCCGAUCUGCGCGUGAUGGAAAGCCACAGCAAGCAAACCGAGAACAUCCGCUUCCUUCGCGAUACUGCCGAGAACCUUCUGCGAUACCUCGAGAACUUUGACAAGGAUCACUACCUGAUCAGUGAACUUGAAGAUACCAUUGCAUCUAGCAAGGCUUACGCAGCCAAGCUCGCUGGCGGCCGCAAGCGCAAGUUCGAGCGUGGAAGAAGCGAAUCUCGUGACCGAGGCAGCCCUAGCCCAAGCCCCUACCGACCUUACGGAUACUAUGGACAGACUUACCGAGGCCGGGACCAGGACAGCCGUUGGGAUCGAUAUGUUCCGCCGCAGAAUUAUGGCCGCAACCGCGAAGUUGACUCCUACCGCCCUUAA